GCAAACAUCGAGCCAACCCUCUGGUUCCUCCUGCAUGACGCACGGAGAGCGCAGCCAGUCCGCUCGGCUCAGCUCGGCUCAGCUCAGCUCAGCUCAGCUCGGACCCGUCCACAGCAACAUGCAGGAUGGCGAGUGUGGAGACAGCCGCCGAACACGAACGCAUCCUGCGGGAGAUCGAGAGCACGGACACCAACUGCAUCGGGCCGACCCUCCGGUCGGUGUACGAUGGUCGGGAACAUGGCCUCUUCAUGGAGAAGCUGGACGCACGCAUCAGAAACCACGACCGAGAGAUCGAGAAGAUGUGUAACCAUCACUUCCAGGGGUUCGUCGACUCCAUCACAGAGCUGCUCAAAGUGCGAGGGGAGGCGCAGAAACUGAAAAGUCAGGUGACUGAGACCAACAGGCGUCUUCAGGAUGAUGGCAAAGAGAUCAUAACCUCUAUGGAGGAGCUGCAACAGUGCCGAGUGCAGCAGAGGAACAUCGCUACCACCAUAGACAAACUGACACACUGUCUGCCAGUCCUGGAGAUGUACAGCAGACUUCAGGAGCAGAUGAGGGCCAAAAGGUACUACCCGGCACUGCGGACGUUGGAGCAGCUGGAGCACACGUGUCUUCCCAGGGCGGGUCAGUACCGGUUCUGCGCCAUCAUGGCAGAAAACAUCCCCAAACUGAGGACACAGAUUCGCGAUACGGCCAUGACGCAGCUGAGAGACUUCCUGGAGAGCAUCCGGAAACACUCUGACAAGAUCGGGGAGACCGCCAUCAAGCAGGCCCAGGUGCAGCGCUCGUUGGACAGCUCCGUCUCCAUGCAGCCGAGGGCCCUGAGUGGCCGGCGCAGCAGAAAGGAGGAGGCGGCGGCGGCAGCGGUAGGAGCGGGGACAGACAGCGACGGACAGGGUGGCAGUCCGGUGUCGGAACAGGACUCUGGCAUUCUGGAUGUGGAGGAUGAAGAGGAGGAUGAUGAAGUCCCUGGAGCUCAGGACUUGGUGGAUUUCUCUCCAGUUUACCGCUGUCUGCACAUCUACACUGUGCUGGGUUUGCGUGAUGUGUUUGAGAACUACUACAGAAAGCAGAGGAGGAAACAGGCUCGCCUUGUGCUGCAGCCCCACUCUAACAUGCAUGAAACUCUGGAGGGAUACAGGCGGUACUUCAAUCAGAUUGUCGGCUUCUUUGUUGUUGAGGAUCACGUCCUUCACACCACGCAGGGUUUGGUCAACAGAGCAUAUGUGGAGGAGCUUUGGGAGUUGGCGCUGUCCAAAAUUGUUGCUGCCCUGAGGACUCACUCCUCGUACUGUGACAACCCUGACCUGGUGCUGGAUCUGAAGAACCUCAUUGUCCUGUUUGCUGACACACUGCAGGGUUACGGUUUCCCUGUGUCACAGCUGUUUGACAUGCUGCUGGAGAUGAGGGAGCAGUACGGAGAAAUCCUGCUCAAGAGAUGGAACAUCACCUUCAGGCAGGUGUUGGACCAGGACAACUACAGUCCGAUCCCAGUCUCAACUGAGCAGGAGUACAGACACUACACUUCCCAGUUUCCCCUGCAAGACCCCGAACUGGAAAAGCUUCCCUUCCCCAAGAAGCUUCCCUUCUCCGAGUUUGUGCCAAAAGUCUACUGCCAGCUCAAAGAGUUCAUCUACGCUUGUUUGAAAUACUCUGAAGACCUGCAUCUCAGUUCCACGGAGGUUGACGAUAUGAUCCGCAAGUCGACAAAUCUGUUGUUGACCAGAACCCUCAGCCACUGUCUGCAGUACGCCAUUAAGAAGAAGAAUGUCGGGCUGGCAGAGUUGGUCCAGGUGAUCAUAAACACCACCCACCUGGAGCAGAGCUGCCACUUCCUGGAGGAGUUCAUAUCAAACAUCACAAAUGUCCCGCCGGACACAGCAAACGCAACCAAGCUGUACGGGACUUCCACCUUCAAGGACGCUCGCCAUGCGGCUGAGGCUGAGAUCUACACCAACCUGAACGCCAAAAUCGACCAGUUCCUACAGCUGGCUGAUUAUGAUUGGAUGGCAGCAGUGCAGGGAGGCGGGACUCUGGACGCCAGCGACUACCUGAUUGACCUGAUCGCUUUCCUGAAGAGCACCUUUAGUGUCUUCACCAACCUGCCUGGAACGCCCGUAGAACACGCUACCUUACCGGGUAAAGUGGCCCAGACCGCCUGCAUGUCGGCCUGCAAACACAUCUCCACCUCCCUGAUGCAGCUCCUGCUUGACCCGGAGGUCAGACAGAUCUCCAUGGGCGCCCUGCACCAGCUCAACACCGACGUCAAGGAGUGCGAGGGUUUUGCCAGAGCCGGCCCGGUCGCAGGCUUCCAGGGUGACACGUUGCUUCUGGCCUUCAGUGACUUGAGACAAUUACUGGAACUGUUCACCCAGUGGGAUUGGUCCACCUACCUGGCUGACUACGGCAAACCCACCUGCAAAUACCUGAGAGUCAACCCACACACUGCACUGGCCCUGCUGGAAAAGAUGAGAGAGACGAGCAGAAAGAACAACGUCUUCGCGCAGUUCCGGAAGACGGACAGGGACAGACAGAAACUCAUCGACACCAUCAUCAAACAGCUACGCAACCUCAUCGCACAGCACCACACCUAGAGCGAGCAGUCGCCACCUGAAUGCAACCAUCCAGCCUGACUUCACCGGUCUGUUCCACCUCGCAACCAUCGGCUGAUCUAUGCACCUUAACUUUGCUGGACUACACUGAACUUCCAACAUCCACAGCCAGUUCCUAUUAGCUCCUCAAAACAACCUGUCUUACCCUGCAACAGGCCCAUACUGUUGGAUUCCAUUGGUUAAUUUAAACCGCUGUAACAGGUGUCAACUAUUUCGACAGCUUGGGUUAAACUUAAAAACACCAACCUCAUAUGGUUCUACAAGGUGAUGAUUUCAGGCCUGUGGAGAAUAAGAAAGUAGAACAAAUAUAAGUAUAACACCAGCUAAAAAACAGCAUGGAAGGCAGUAAAAUGACACACAGUUUAGACCCUAAAAGUAAAGUAUGUGCCAUUAAAUAUGUGUUAAUCUAGGAGCGAAACAAGCAGGAGCAGUCAGGAUAAGUAAAUAAAACCACAUUGGAUGACUUGCUCUACUUGUUGCGUCAGUUACUGGAUGCCGUGGAUGUACUUGCAGGUGUAAAGCCUGUGGGAAACACAAGUUUCCUGUGGGAACUGUGUCUGAGAAUCCAUGAGAGUUUUUUCUAACAACUCAUUUUCAGAGAAUUUUUUCUUUGUAACACAAACUUCCCUUUCCUAAAAUCUAACUGGCUGGUUAAGCGGUCUCUCCUCAUCCCCUGUGUGUUGUCCCCCCUCCGUCGCAGACAACCUUUAAUGUCUUCCACAUUGCUCCCCCUCACUGUGGCGCAACAACAGAACGUAAUGAAUGUACGUCAGAGACGACGUUUGAAAUACUGCAGUCAGAAAAGCACUGAUGGAUAUAAGACUAGAUAUUAACGGAAUGUUCCUCCAGUAUUGUCUAAUAAAGGGGGAUUUUCUCUCAACAUGGCAACUCUUUCCCCUCUUAAUAUACAACCUGCGAACACUUGAAUGGGCAACACUGCUCAGAUCUGGCAACCGUAUUCCCUCGGUGAGCGUUUGGGAUUUAAAAGGAGGGAUGCUGUCCAAACAUGGCAACCCAUUUUUUCGCUUUCAGUAUCAUAUGUGAUUGGGGGAGGGUGUUGCCUGAGCAUUUUCUACUCGUCAUGUAUGAAUAACUGGGUCUUAAAGAGGGGGAUAACGCCCCCAGUCUGGCAACUGCUAUGAAAUGUUUAGUUUUGUUUGCCUGGUUGAUUAGAGAGAAACUAAUUUGUGUAGAAACCAUUGUACUAAUGCCAAGCACACACACUUGUAUGUCUUCCAUAAACAUAUGCCAAGCAGUGUGCGUGUGGCUUCUCGUACACACACACGAGGGUUUGUUUAGUUGAAGCACAUAAUUACAUUUACACUAGAUUAUUUUUUUGAACUAAUAUGGGUCUCUUUGCUCUUUGUGUCGCUUUUUUUUCCCUUGAACUUGGGUGCAAUAAUAGCAUUGAUACUACAGCAGUGUGUGUGUGUGUGUGUGUGUGUGUGUGUGUGUGUGUGUGUGUGUAUCAUGGCGCUUUAUAAAAGGGAUUCAAACCUACAGUGUGUGUCAGAAGGGAAUUUAAGUCUUCCUGUUCUAUCGGUCACCGUGUUUGAUUUACUGAGCAGCAUCAUGUCGUGUGUGUGUGUGUGCGUGUGCAUGCGGGCACUGUGACAUUAAGUGUGUUUACUGUUGCAGACGUGUUUGUAUAUGUAUGUUUGUUUUUCAUCCAUCCGUAGCUGUGUAUCAUUUUUAGGUGUUAGUAAGGGAAUGGGGCCGUCGUUAUUGAAUGUGCCUUUGCUGUAUUUUGUGUUUAUAUUUUCCUGCCAAUAAAGCAGCAACACUGUGGUGCACUGGAGUCUGGACACGGUUUACUGAACCUCAAUGAACUGACAAACAAAAGUCUUAACGAAAAGUCCACUUGCAAGCUUUUUCUUCCAGAGCUUUCAACCUCAUCUCUCAGUCUCCUGCAGGUCUAAUGUUACUCUAACUUUUCUGGGACACAGAUUAUAGCGCCUGUAGUCACAUUAAUUUAAAGACUCCAAAUGCUCUGACAUAAUUUAUGACCUGAAAUGUCUUGAAAUUAACAUCUGUAUCUCAAAGUCAGAAGAGGAAAAUUCACUUUUUUUUUUUUAAGAAAACAUUAAAAACAUAAAUUUCUUAUUAAAAAUACAAAUGUUACAUUUUUAAAUCUGAGUUAUCUGAUCCAUUUCAGUUUGCAGAAAUACAUUUUCUAAUUGGUCUAAUUUAGAUGUCCUCAUGCUUUUUUCAGUAAUAGUUAAAUGAGCUCGAGCAGCAGAAUUUUGGACGUACAGCUGUCUGAUUUUCAGCCAAUAAGCUGCUCCACUUAUCAAUUUCCUUGCUCAUGAGCGCUGUGGCAGUAACAGUCAAGGCAACAGUGUUACUUGGUGGCUUUUCUGUGGUGAAUCAAUCACUCUAACAUUUAUACUCCUUAAUCUUUGCCUGUGUCCAGAGUCCUUGCACUGCAGGUGUUGCUGCUACUUUGUUAUGUAUUUUGUAAGCAGAAAUCUUUACUGAGACAGAAGCACUGUACACGCUGUUGUAUUAAACCACUAAUGAAUGAAACUUAAGUAAAAUACUAAUAAAGUUGCAACAAAUGCCAACAGACAAAUAUGGAAUAAAUGGAAA